UGGACCAGCUCUAGCCCGGGGGCUCCCAGGACACGCCCCGCGCCCCCUGCUCCCCGGCCUUUGUCUGUCUCCGUCGGCGGCUGCCGGGGCUGCGCACCCUGCUGCCGAUUGGCUGCCGCUCGCCCGGUAUACUAUGACGUUGCUCUAUUUGCAUAUGACAUUGAGACGUCACCAAGGCCGGCACCACCUCCCCACCGGCUCGGGUCGCAUGUCCUCCCGUGACCCCGUGGGCGCGGGGUCGGGGCUGCGUCUAAGGGUGAGGGACGUUGAAAGGCAGCGGGGCGGUAGGGGCUCGGUGGUUUUCUGGGCUAAUUCGAAGGUUCGGGGUCAGGCUCCCUGAUCACCUACUUUCUCCUUGCGACUUGAGAGGGGGCCGGAUGGCGCUGCUGUGUCUAGGCUGGGAAGUCGUACCGAGUUCAGGGCGGCCUCCCGCUCCAGGUUUCCGCACUGCUAAAGGGCGCUCCCCUGAGGCUGCUUCAUUCCCCAGCCCCCAUCAUGUUCCAGCGCCUCACCAGCCUCUUCUUCAGUGCUCCCCCGCCCCCUGACGACCCCGACUGCCCCCGCGCCUUCGUCUCGCAGGAUGAUGACGUGGACGGCUGGCUCAUCAUUGACCUCGCGGACAGCUACACUGCUCCACCCAGCCCCGAGGCUGCCCCCGCCCAGGCGGGCCGCCCCCCGCCGGCGCCCUCCUUGAUGGACGAGAGCUGGUUUGUUACCCCUCCCGCCUGUUUUACUGCAGAGGGGCCCGGACUUGGGCCCGCCCGCCUCCAGAGCAGCCCCCUGGAGGAUCUCCUCAUCGAGCACCCCAGCAUGUCCGUUUACGUCACCGGCAGCACCAUAGUACUGGAGCCUGGGCCCCCUUCCCCGCACGCCGACGCUGCCCUGCCAGAUGGUGACCUUAGCGACGGGGAGUUGGCGCCCGCCCGCCGCGAGCCCCGGGCCCUGCUUCACGCCGCCGCCCCGCGGCCGGCGCGGCCUGCGCUGCUGGAGAAGGCCGGCCAGGCGCGGCGGCUGCAGCGGGCCCGGCAGCGGGCCGAGCGCCACGCGCUGAGCGCCAAGGUGGUGCAGCGGCAGAACCGCGCCCGCGAGAGCCGCCCGCGCCGGCCCAAGCACCAGGGCAGCUUCGUCUACCAGCCGUGCCAGCGCCAGUUCAACUACUGACCGUCUGCUGGCCGCGCCAGGAACCCCUCACCGACCCUCGUCGGCCCCUCCGCCGCAGCCAGUGUGCUGCCGGAGGGACAGCUGCGCCGACCGCGAGCUGGACACCACACCCUCCCUCCUCUUUCCAUGUGUGCGGAGUGAUAGCUCCUCCCACCUAGACUCCCUCGAUUUCCCCAUCUCUGAUCCUCUAAUCCGCCUCUGAACCUCCUCCCGCCUCCAUUCCUCUCCCUCCUUCUAGUCCUCAUGCCCAGCAUCUACUCCUCCAUCCUCUCAUCCCGACUCUAAUCCUUUCUUCUCUGGUCCCCCUCCCUGUCUGUGCCCUGACAUUCCCCUUUCUACCUCGAGCCCAUCCCUAUUUCUGAGAGCCUCUUCUGUCCCUGAUCUUGCUCAUUUCUCACCUUCACCUCCCACUUUACACUCCUCACCCUACCCCAUGCUUGACUUGAUACUCACUCUGGUUUCCUUAUUAUUCAUUCCCAAUUGUAGUUCCUCCCAAAUGGAGGGGGGUGAGGUGGGGGGAGCCGUGGGACGACCCUGAGCCCAGCUCUGAUCAAGUACAACCUGUAAGGGCUCUGGCUCAGGGCUCUUCCUGUGUUCCCACCCCACUUCCCUCUUUCCUGGGGGCUGGGCUCCUUGGAGCUGCUUAGGCCUGGAAAAGUAAAGUAUGUGGAAGAGGACUGUGAGAUGUGAGUUGAGGGAGAAGGUGGAGGGAAUUGAGAGAAAGUAGUAGUUUAUUGGAGAUGUAGGACCCAGAGGUUGAGAAGCCGUAGGGAGCAGGGUACCAUGGGAACUGGCACUGUGCUUGUUCAUAGAGGCCAAGCCCUGCUCUUAGUUUGGAGGCCUGGAGUCUGCUCCCAUUUUCCUUCCCUAUAAUCCUUCCUCCCAAAUCUGUUUAAUCUAGGGAGUUCACCCUUCUGCAGGCCCCUGGGUCUGAAGGGCUUAAUUAGUACCUUGCUGCCCUACCCCAACAUGUCACCCCAGAAGUAGAGGCUGGGCAUGGCCCCACAGUCCUGGCCAUCUGUCCACAUGCCCAAGGUGCUAGAAUUAGCUUAGGGGUGAAGCAGGCCAGAGGGCUUCUAGGCAGGGAAAGGGCACACCUCAGGGUAAGAAUCCAGAGCAGUGAUGCUGGGGAAAACAAGCUCUGGGGUGAAGCUAUCCCAAGACUGACAGUUUGGCACCCACCUUGCCUCUGACCUGGGAUUUCACACCCAGUAUGGCUAACAAACACUCUUAGAUAGGAGGCCAGGAGUCCCACUGUCCCAAUUGCAAAAUAGUCCCUAACCAGGUUCAGGCCUUCAGGGGGCCUCUCCUCAUUUUCGCCCCCAGAACUCUCUCCCUUACUAGGCUGCUGGAGACAAACGUGUACCCUAUGGUGCCCUCCCCUUCUCUCCAGUAGUGGAGGAGGGAACCAGAAUCCCUUCAUGACACAGAGGGGACAGGCAGCAAGCUUUCCCUUCUUGUGGUGGUAUAGAAUAUUGGGCUCAGACACCAGCAACAGCCUCUUGGGAUGCCCUGAGUUGCUUCCCCUUUCCUUUCUAGCUGUCCUUUUCUCGUGUGUGCUCUCUCUCUUUGAACUUGUUAAGAUUUCCUGUUACAUACUAACAUAGGUCUUCCCCCUCACCUCAAUUUCAGGUUUCCAGGCUUCAUAGCCAAGCUGAGACUUGGAGAAACUCUGGAUUUCCAUGAGGGCAAAGGCAGCUGUCCUCCCUGACCCUAUAGCCCCAGGCCUCUUGUGGGGGGAUGUGGUGAAGGGAGGGGGUAGCCCCAUGGAUGCCAGGAUGGGGACAGAGGAAGCUCUGUUGGUGUCUCCUAUCUCCGGGAGUAGGUCAAAUUUACACUAAAAGCAGAUCAAAGUCCCCACUCCAGCUCACAAGGGCUCCUCUCGCCAAGGUUCUCCUUCGGUCACAACCUAGUCACUUUUAUUCUUCCAGUGGCUCCUUGAUCACCUCACAGCCAGGUUAGGGUCUUCAGCACUUCCAAGAGCUGAAACUCCCUCUAACCUUUCCUGCCUACUCCUUCACUGCCAGGUGGGGCCUAGACUCAGUCCUGGGCAGUGUUCAUGAUCCUCUUGAUGGAGGAGUUUGAGUUAUAGGGCAUUUGGCUCAAACUUCAAAAGGCCCUGCCCUCAUAUUUCUGGAGGCUCCUAUAGAUCUAAAACCUUCCAAUCUCAUCACCUGGCUGGUUGGAAAACAUAUUUUUUUCUAAGAUCCUAUAUAUUCUGUAGCAUUUUAAUUGUGUGGCAAUAUUUUAAUUGUGUAUAGAUUUCUAAGAACCAACACUACUCAGUCUCCCGCUAAUCUGACUCCUGAAGCAUCAGACCUUGUCAUACUGUAUUGACUGUGUAUGUGCCUUUCACCUUGAACAUGCUUCAGGAUUUUUUUUUUAAACACAGAACUUGAAUACAUGAGGGAACCAGAAUUCAUAAAGUCCUAUGCAACCUUAGACUGGAAAGGGUUAGUCUGUCUUGUCUCCUGUUUUCAGAGACCCUAGAGAAGUUUGUUCCAGUUUGUAUUAACUAAUGUCAACACUACCAGCAUUUUGCCAGAGAAUGGCCGAGUAUGCCAUUGAAGCCCCUGUUUCUAGAAGAGUGAGUCCUGAUUACAUCAAAGGGCAACUUCCAGUUAUUCCCCGUAAGUCUGAGUGCUACCCUCAAGCUGUCACUUUUAAGCCUCCCCCAGUCUGACCCCGGCAGGGCACCACAUUAUGUAUGAAUGUGGUUUGGUGCUGUUUUGGAAUAUGCCUGCUCCCCAAUCCUCUGCCUGGAUCAACAUGCUCUUAACCAUUAUGUCUUAGGUGCAACAAGGACCCACCAGAGCUCUUGGAUGCCUCCCCAGAUCUGUGUGGCUUUACAUGAGGGGACUGAAUGCAUACAUAUGGCCCACUUCUAAUACCUUCCCUUUUGCCCUGCCACCUAGUUCCAAAUGGAACCAACAAGUUGAGUGCAUUCCUGUGGGUGUUUUGUGCUGAGGCUGGAUGAAAUGAGACUUUGGUUGACCAUGUUUGAUGUGUAGACAGACUCAAGGACACAACCACUUUGACCUGGUCAUGUGGCAUGCCUGUGUAUGUGUGUAACAGGAUUCUGAUUGUUAGACUGUAAAGCUGUUCCUCUAUGGGAGAAAAAAAAAUUAAUAUAAAGAAAAACAAAUAAAAAUCUAUUUAAAGUACA